GGUUUUUGAAAGCGAUCAAAUUUCAAACGUAAUCUUGAGAAAAUCGACCACUCGCAGAAACUGUGUCUAUUAUUGUGAGAAAAAAAAUUAGCGAAGACUCUUUGUGGAAAACAAUGUGCGCGCCAAAAGUUGUUGCUUCUGCCAUUGUAUUCCCAUUCCAUUAUUUCCAUUGGGAUAUUUUUCGAUAAAAAAACAAAAAUUUUCAAUUUUGACACCCACACAUUUGUUUUCUACAAAGGGUCCGAGAGUUCAUGUUGAAAGCUCGAAGUAUCGAAAUCGACGAGAUCAAUCGAAAUGAGUUGACGCGCCAUCUCAUUUGGCGUAGAUAAAAACACUUUUCGAACACAAAACGCAUCCGCCAUCUGGAUAGGAAUAUUGAAACUUCAAUUCAGAGGAGAGAGAAGUCGUUUUUUCUCUCUGUCACAAGUCACAAGUGUCAACGCGCGUGCCAAACAAACAGAUGAGGAGGUGUACGUGCGCGAAAGAUCUCAUGAAUCCGUCAUUACAUCAUCAUGUAUGUAGAAUUUGCGGAAAAAAAGAGACUUGUGUUGGAUAUAUGAAUUGAAUUAUUAUUAAGAGAUUGUUUAUGUAUAAAAAACAAUUUAUUCUGAUGCGAGUACUAUUCUAUUGAAUAACGUUAUUUCAAGUUUUGCACGUUAUAAAUCGCAAAUUCACCUCGUGAAUUAUGGCCCUGCGACAUUCAGUAAAUACCGGAGACAGUAAUUUAGACGCCAAGAUCAUCGAAUGGUUACAAUGGAAUAAGGAUCCGAAAGCAGAAGAUAAGAUACUUGAUUACUUAAGUAAUGACAAUAUUAAAAUAUUAUCCAAUUUGUUUCUUAAAAGACUUGAAUUUGGAACUGCUGGUCUUAGAGGUCGAAUGGGACCAGGUUAUAGUCAAAUGAAUGACUUGGUCAUUGUGCAAACCAGUCAAGGAUUAACAAAAUAUUUGAUGGAUACAAUUUUUGAUGUUACACAAAAAGGUGUUGUGAUAGGAUACGACGGUCGUUAUAACAGCAAAAAAUUUGCAGAAUUAACUGCUGCAAUUUUUAUAGCCAAUGGUAUUAAAGUGUAUUUAUUUUCCAAAGUUUGUCCUACACCAUUUAUACCCUACACUAUAGUAAAAUACAAGUGUGCGGCUGGUAUCAUGAUCACUGCCUCUCAUAAUCCAAAAGAUGACAAUGGUUACAAAGUUUACUGGCAAAAUGGAGCUCAGAUUAUUACGCCACAUGAUAAAAAGAUUCAAAAUUACAUUCUUAAUAAUCUCGAACCGCUUGAAUCUUCAUGGGACACAAGCAAGAUCUAUGAAAGUCCUUAUUAUCAAGAUCCAAAAGAUAUUAUUCAAGAAUAUUAUAAAGACUUGAAAGAGAAUGUUUUAUAUCCUGAAGUUAAUAGAAAUACCACGCUUACUUUCACAUAUACUCCCAUGCAUGGUGUUGGAUAUGAAUACAUGGUUGCUGCUUUUGAAGCAGCAAACUUUAAGCCAUUUAUAACUGUGGAGGAACAAAAACUACCAGAUCCAGAUUUUUCUACAGUAAAGUUUCCAAAUCCAGAAGAGGGAAAAAGCGCUCUUGACCUUAGCAUAAAACUAGCAAAUAAAAGUGAUUCUUCUAUAAUACUUGCUAAUGAUCCUGAUGCUGAUAGACUUGCAUGCGCGAUAAAGACAAAAAGUGGAGAAUGGCAUGUCUUUUCUGGAAAUGAACUUGGCGCAUUAUUGGGUUGGUGGAUGAUACACACUUACCAAGUGCUGCAUCCUGCUGCUAAUAUGAAUAACACAUAUAUGUUUGCAUCAACGGUUUCCAGUAAAAUUCUAGCAUCGAUGGCUAAGAAAGAAGGUUUUAAUUUCGAGGAGACUUUAACAGGCUUUAAAUGGAUGGGUAACAGAGCUAUAGAUCUAAUCAAAGAAAACAAAGAAGUCUUGUUUGCAUAUGAAGAAGCUAUAGGUUUCAUGUGUGGUUCUAAGGUUCUAGAUAAAGAUGGCAUUAGUGCUGGUAUACGUGUAGCUGAAUUAGCGGCGUAUCUCGAAACUGUGGGAUUGAGUUUAUCUGAUAAGUUACAGGAGAUAUAUGAAGAAUAUGGACAUCAUAUCAGUGAUAAUUCUUACUGGAUAUGUCACGAUCCGGACACAAUCAAAGCUAUAUUUGAACGAUUGAGAAAUUAUUCUGGCAAAUCGUGUACUUACCCAACCGGAAUUCUAGGCGGAAAAUAUAUAAUAACUGGUAUUCGAGACUUGACUACUGGAUACGAUAAUACAAAACCAGACAAUAAAGCAGUUCUACCUGUAUCAAAGUCCACACAAAUGAUUACAUUCAUAUUUGAAAACGGAUUGGUUACGACUUUAAGAACAAGCGGCACAGAACCUAAAAUAAAAUACUACAAUGAAUUAUGUGGAUUACCUGGAGAGGAUUUGGAGAAAUUAAAAAUCAUUCUCACCGAGAUGGUGUCGGCUAUCGUCACUGAAUUUCUUCAACCUGAAACUAAUCGACUUAUUGCUCGCGACGAAUAAAUAAUACUUGUACAACAGUCAAUAUCGUUUGUCAUCAAUGCAUUAUGUAACAACUAUUUUUGCAAACAAAUGUUACAAAAUGAUUCCAAAUAUCUAGUAUCUUCUUUUUUACGUAAAUCAUAUAUUUAUUUAAUAUAUUUACAUAUAGUAAAUAUUGUUAAACGUAAAAUGACUGUACAUGAUUUUGUUUAUUGUUAGGAUGAAUGAGAGAUAAGUUGAUUAAAUAUUUAUAUAGGUUA